CUGAGAUAUUAAAUUGUGUGUCGAAUACGGAUUUAGAUGAUAUAUCAUAUAUGUAGUCUUCGCGGUCACCACAACUUUAAUGUUCAUUUCAUGUUCAAGGGAGAAAUGAAGCGUAAGCUUAUCAUAGACGUCGACACGGGUGUGGACGACGCGCAAGCUAUCAUGUUGGCGCUCUCCCAACCGGAAAUAGAUGUUUUGGCCAUCACGUGCGUUUCCGGAAAUGUGCACUUGGACCUGGUGUGCACCAACACGCUCAAAGUCCUUGCCGCUUGUGGGCGUCUGGAUAUUCCUGUGUACCGAGGUGCUGAUAGAGCGCUGGUCGGGGGGAACUUCCGGUCAACCCAUUGCCAUGGUGACGACGGUCUUGGAGACGCGGAAACUCAAGUGGACAUUUCCGGAUUCCAGAUACAGAAGGAACAUGCCGUCGACACCAUACUUAGACUUGUUAACCAAUACCCAGGUGAAAUAACCCUGGUGACCCUCGCCCCAUUAACCAACAUCGCUCUUGCUUUGAGGAUGGACCCCAGCCUUGGACAGAAAUUGGCAGCAGUCACUAUCAUGGGCGGAAAUAGCCAGGGGCGUGGUAACAUAACGUUGUGCGGCGAAUUCAACUUUGCGGUUGACCCAGACGCCGCAUACACGGUUCUGCACGAGUUGAACGUGCCUCCCACUGUAGUGCCUUGGGAUGCCAACUUGUGUGAGACCACAUGUUACCCUUGGGAUUGGUUUGAUAGAUGGAUAGAGACGGACACCCCCAAGGGACACUUUAUGAAAGCAUUCGUCCAGACUCCAGCACAACGUGAACGCGAAACUAUGCCGUUUUACCGGUCAUGUGACCUCAAUGCCAUGGCAACUGUGAUUGAUCCGGAAGUCAUCGCUCAGAAACAGGAAGUGUUUGUCACGGUAGAAUUGGCGGGAAAUUAUACGCGCGGAAUGAUGGUGGUAGACUGGAAUGGACGACUUGGGAAAUCUCCAAAUAUCGUGUUGGCUGCCGCAUUGGACACGCAGAGAGCAAGGAUACACUUUGAACGCAUGUUAAUCAGUUCUUCGGAACAUACAUAAUGCAUUACUCAAGGUCACCGUUGAAUGGCGGAAAAGCUUAUAAAUGGACUAAAUUUUGUGACGUAAGCCUAUAAAACAUUUCAUUAUGGCCGUUCCUGGCAGUAAAAUAAAAACUUCAAAGUUAUGUGUUUAAGGAAUUGCUGGAAUGAAUGUAUAUUUCAGAACAUUAACUAUGCGGCGCAAAUCGAUAUUUUUACCCUGGUUCACGUCGUUGUUACCGAAAAACGUUGCUAUAGUAUUUUAAAUAUGCACUUUUUAAAUAAACGGAGGAAUAGUG